AUGAUCGGCGAUUGCAUAAACGUCGCCGCCAAAUGCGUCCCCUGCCAAAGAUACGCACCGGCGAUCAACGCCCCAACGCAAGCACUUCAAGCUGCGAUCCCGGCAUACCCCUUUAUGCGCUGGGGAAUGGAUAUCGUCGGCCCCAUGCCACGCUCACGGCAAUGCGCUUACCUCUUGGUCUAUAUCAUAUGCCGUCACGGUCUUCCUUAUGAGAUCGUCACGGACAACGGAGGACAAUUCGUCGCAGCAACUUUCCGAGAAUUUUGCGCAUCAUGGAACAUCAAGAUCACUUACUCCACGCCAAGAUAUCCUCAAGCUAAUGGACAAGCCGAGUCCACAAACAAAACUAUUGUUGAUGGAUUGAAAAAAAGGCUUGAAGGCUACCAAGGAGCUUGGGCGGACGAAUUGGAUGGAGUACUCUGGUCGCAUCGAACCACCCCCAGAACCGCAUCCGGGGAAACCCCAUUCUCUUUGUCGCACGGUUGCGAAGCGCUAGCACCGGCAGAACUGCACGUAGCCAGCUUACGACGAUCGUUAAUGCCCCUCAACCCGGCAUUGAAUGACGACUCACUCCUGCAUAGUUUAGACCACGCCGAAGAGCUACGGGAUCGCGCCCUCCUGCGUAUGCAAAACUACCAACAACAAGCAACCAGAUAUUACGACAGGAAGGUGCGAAACCGGCGCUUCGAGCUCUACGACCUUGUAUCAAGAAGGUCCACGACUUUACCAAACCCGAGCACGCAGGCAAAUUCGGGUUCCAUUGGGAAGGGCCGUUUCGCAUCACCAAGAUCAUCAAACCCGGGGUCUACGAGCUGGACGAUUGUCACGGAAACCCACUGCCUCGUUCAUGGAACUCCAUGA